UUUUUUUCCUUUUGCCUUCGCCUUUGCUCGCACCACUCGUUUUCUUCUUCAACAACAUAACCCAAAAAUCACCGCAAAGGAAAACCUUAAACCUCCGCAAUGGCCAAGACUCUAAUAACAGCUCGCCCUUCCAUCUUCUCAUCAACAAAAACCAAUCUUUUCCUGAACUCCUUUCCAUUAUUUUCUCAUUUCAACAAAUCUUUUAACUCUCAAGCCACACCCUUGGCCAUCAAAAACCACCCAAAUUCAAGGUUGUUUUGUUCUUCCAACAUUAAUAAACCAAUCAACAAUGAAGAAAAGAACACCCGGGUUGUUUCAAUAACCGGGUUUAGAGUUUUGGGUCACCGCAGAUUUUCCGUAAAAGCUACUCAUGUUAAUGAUCCUGGCUCUAUUGACUCCCCUCUAAUGCAAUCUAUGGAGAAAAAGAUCAAAGAACAUUUAAAUGCAGAAUCAGUCAUUGUAAAGGAUGCAUCUGGAGAUGGUCGACAUGUUUGCAUUGAUGUCGUCUCUUCAGCAUUCGAGGGACAAUCGGUUGUGAACAGGCAGAGGAUGGUUUACAAAGCCAUAUGGGAGGAGCUCCAAAACACGGUGCAUGCAGUAGACCAGAUGACUACUAGAACCCCCAGUGAAGCAGCAAGUCAGAUGUGAUAAAAAGCAUAGCCUAUAUUUUCAACCUGACAACCAAACUCCUUCCAAUAAUUCUCUUUAGUUUCCUUGCCUUAUGAAGAGUCUUCAAUCUGGUUUGGCUAGUAGCAAUUUGUAUUCUUCCUCUCCUUUAUAUUCCACUACCAUAAAAGUCAAAAACUUUUGCAGAAUUUAUCACUGCAUGCACUAGAUAAGGGAAAGAGUUACUGUUACUGGGUUUUCUCCUCCCUUUCUUCUGCCAGAAAAAGGAUGGAAGUUAUUGCUAGUCACUACCAUUGUGUUGGCUGUUAUUAUGAUUUUGUUUUAGGGUUACAUCAUGAAUGACCACUAAACUAUACUGAAAUGAUAAAUAUGAUAUCUGAAUUUAAAAAUUUUUAAUAUGAUAUUUGAAUUAUAAAUUGAUUAACUAAUAUAGUACUUUGAAAGUUAUUUAUCUAUCACGUGUCAUUAUUUUAAGUUAGUCACGUAGUUCAAGUAUCACGAUAGUGA